CAAUGUUGCAACUGCCACAUGUUGCAACUGUCCCCACUCUUCCCUAUAUAUAAUCACAGUGCACAUUAUUUUGAAAACCACAGAUCAUCUCGGGACAUACUGAGCAAAUAAUGGCAUUAGAAGACUUUUAUGAAAAUAUUCAACAUAGAAAUGCUAACAGGAGCAAAUCUGAACCUCGAACAUCGAGUCAGAACCGAGGAAGAAGCAGAUGGUUUGUGCCGAUCACGGUGUUACUUGGGCUCAUAUGUGUUCUUCUGGUGGCCGCCCUUAUAGUGCAGUAUAUCCAUCUCACAUCAGAGAAAGACCUGAAGAUGAGCUACAUGGACAUAUCUAAAGAAUAUAAUGAAACUCUGAACGGCCUGAAGAUGAAUUACAGUCAACUGACAAAAGAGAGAGAAGAACUACAGAAGAGAUUUAACUCUAUGAGCCAAAAGAAACUGGAGUUAGAGACCAAAGUCAAGAAUUUGAAUGAUGCACUAAUGAAGAAAUCAGUGUACAUAUCCACUGAGGAGAAGAGUUGGUCUGAUAGCAGGCAGUUCUGCAGGGAUUGUGGUGGAGAUCUGAUCAUUAUCAACACUGGAGAGAAGCAGAGAUACAUAUCUUCAAUCGCCACAGGCGUAGUAUGGAUUGGUUUGUCUGACAUAGCAGAGGAAGGAAAGAUGAAAUGGGUGGAUAAUACAACACUGAAUAAAGGGUUUUGGGCUGAAAACGAGCCAAAUGAUUACUCUGGAAGUGAAGACUGUGUUGAACUGAAUCCUAAAAAAACUGUCCUAAAAAACUGGAAUGACAUUCCAUGCACAAACAAAAGAAGAUGGAUUUGUGAGAAAUAGGGUCCUUUCUUCUUUUGUUGUGAUUUUAAGCAGUUAUUAUGAAGUCGUUGUUGCAUUCACUUAAGUUUCUGAUUUAUGUUUCUUUUAAAACUGUGGCAGCUUAUUAACUGUAUCACUUUAUUUUGAUUACAUGUAUCUACUUUAGAGUAAAAUUAAUAGUGUAAAAUUGUUUGGGAACUAGAUGGAAAUGUAAUUAUUUUCCAGAUGUAGACAAACAAACUGAUAAACACCUCAACUCUUGACUUCCAUCAAAGAGGACAUUUAUCCACCAUUAUCACCAAAUCAAAACUCUAAAUUGUGCUGUCAAUUGUUCUCUCUCUCUCUCUCUCUCUCUCUCUCUCUCUCUCUCUCUCUCUCUCUCUCUCUCUCUCUCUCUCUCUCUCUC